UAUCUACCCCAGGCAGUCAAUCGCGAUAACUUCUCGCCAGUUACCACUGCAGUUCUUUUUAUUGGCUAUACUAAUGCGAUUCAGAAGGCAAAGAAGAUUUAUUUAGCCAACAAAAGUAUGUAAAACAAGUCUUACGUGUGUGAACGAAGAACAAAGGGGCUGGAGAAAUAAAUCCCAUUUAAUGUCGUUUGCCUGACGUAACAUUCAUGGUUCAGCAUAAACCUUUUCCGGGACAAGCGACUCGCUCUCCCACCACUUUGGGAAAGGCCACGUUUCGACUCCCCCCAAUUCAAGAGUCCGUGGGAUAUGGUGGAUUCGGCGGAGUCAAGAUGUCGAAGAACUCCCAGACUCUGAUUUUCAGAAGCGUUCCUCCCAGACCGUUCAGUUAUACGUUCUCGGACGAAAUAAACAACUCUUACGGAUCGAGAAGAUCCAAGAGUCGAUCGAAAACUGCCCCCGUGUCGAUCAACUCUCCCAGGGACUAUGUCCAGCGCUUUAAGUCUCGACCGGUUACCAAACCGAAUGUGGUGGAGUUCAAUGGCGGCAGUGUCCUGAUGGAGAUGAAUGCCGGGGCGCGAUGCGCAGACGGCUUCUUCCCACCAGUCAAACUCAGGCUGAUGCCUUACCAAAGUAAAGGGCGAACGACGAUAGAGCCGUCUCAUUUACAUCUUGAACCCAUAUCACGACCAGAGACUGGCAUUAGGUCUGACACGACUUUACCGCAUUCCCCCAACUCGACGCAACUGGUACAGCAUUCUAAAACCCCAGGGUCGCUGCAUCGCCACAUUGUUACCAUGAAAUCUCCGGAAUUAGCCGAAGCGCCCAAAGAAAAAUCGCCAGAGAGUUGCGUUCGAUUCCCGGAUUUUCCAGACGACGAUAAGUGUUCCGACCCUGAAUAUUCGAUUGUGUACCCCAAUAUUCUUAGUGACAAAAACCAUAAAUGUGAUGACCUCAGCAGUUUGCCAAGACCCAAACGAAUCCACGCAAAGCGAGAACUGCCUUGGGUUUUCAGAUUCAAAGUGAAAAAGAACAUGAAUUCCUUGUCUAAGAUCAUGGCCAGCAAGACUCCGAAUUCCCAGACAGUUCCUGAAUCACAGACGUGAUCGCUUGAACGUGUAUCCCAAAACACCUCAGCAUAAGUUCAGCAUCACCUAUUUAUAUAUGUCGCGAUUAAAUACAUGAUAGUGGAUACCUGUUUGUAUAUACAUGUAUGUACAUUUAUUUAUAUUAAAUAUAACACAAAAAUAA